AUGGCACUUAGAAAAAGAAAUUUGCACCAAGUGAAGCAUCCAUUCAAUGCUUAUGCAUUUGAGGCUUUUGUGUUUGGCUCAUGGAAACCCGUGAAGUUCAUUAAAAUUGAAUCAGGAAGGGUGACCUUUCAUUUUGUGGAUAAUCAUGAGAUAUACAUAGAGAAAGGUUUUUCGGACUUGCGAACAAGGUCAACGAUAGCUACUUUUGCAGACAUGCGAAUAAGGUCAAGGAAAGCUACUGUAUCUGAUUGCCUAUCCUUCUUGCGGUGUGGGAUUAAUGUGUGUGUGUUAUCAACCUUUCAAAGCAGUGAUGAUUCGAAUCAAUCAAACUCUAUUCCGGUGUGGGCUGAUGCUAAAAUAGUUUCCAUUGAGAGAAAGCCCCACAACCCUGAAUGCUCAUGUGAGUAUCAUGUAAUCUUUUAUACAAAUCAAGGUUCCCUUGGUUCAAAUCAAAAUACUCUGAGUAAGGAUUUCAAAGUUAUUGGGUUAAAUCAAAUUUCUAUCCUUCAAAGGCUUGGAUGUAAAAGCCUUGAAGAUCAACCAUUUCGGUGGGACUCAUCAGAAAACUGCACCAAGAGACCACAAACGAGGUUGUCCUUAAGAAAGUUUGUCUGCGACAUUUCAUUGCUAGCUGCUUUAUCACUUGUGAAGAACAUGUCCUUCUGUGUGAGAUCAGAGCAAAAUAAGAUUCUCUACCAAAUCAUGGAAAAGGAUACUACUAACUCUGAUUUUCACAUCAAAUCUAUGAACUUCAAACUAAAAGGUGGCAAAUCACUGCCCUCUAUUUUUGAACUUGCCACAUGGAGAAUUGUCCCUGCUAUGCAAAAUAAUGAAGUACAAGUGUUACCACCAUUACGACGUUCGACACGUCGAAUCAAGAAUCCUGAAUUUUACUUGGGCUAUUGUGAUGUUGGUUCAAGUUCUGUAAUUCAAACUCGGAAAUAUAAGGUGGACACGAGCAAAAAUGAUGACAAGUUGGCACUAGUGAAUUACACUACUGAAGGGGGUGUUGGAACUAGUGUUCAAAAGGGUUGUGAUGCUGAUGCCAUUGAAAACGAACAUAUAGAACCAAUUUCUACUGUUCUAGCUCCUAAGAAAGGUGGUUUAGAUGCUCUUGAACCCCGCAUUCUCCAUGAAAGUGGUCAAUUUUCUUCCCAAUUUCCUAGUGGUGAUACAAAAGUAGUUGGUGAAACCUCUUCAAGACAUUAUUAUAAUCUCAGAAGCGGUAAGAAGUAUCAGAGGAAGGAUUCAUCAAAUUCAGAUGAUAUGAUGGAAGAUCUGGAACCCAAAUGGGAGGGGUUGAAUUCUAAAAUAGGAGCUGAGCGCAAGAGGCGACAUGGUUCAGGUUUUUCAAGAAAUAGAAAUGAUGAUGACGAUGAUGGUGGCAAUGAAGAACGAGCUCGGAGACGUAGGGCCUUAAAUGUAGAUGCAUCAAAGGAAAUGAUAGAUUCUUACUUGAAGGAUAUUGAUAAAUUACCCACAAUAGAAGAGGCUCCUAUUAAUGAGCAAUGGAAUGAAGCAAUCAAUUUUGGCAAAGACAAGGAAACUGAGAAAAUUCAAAGAGAGGAGCAGGAAGUUUCUGAAAUCGAUAUGUUAUGGAGAGAAAUGGAUGAUGCAAUGAUAGAGAGUUUUCUUCAAGAACAAACAGAGGGUUCAAGUGCUCCAACUAAGGAAGAGACUACUAGAUCUUGUGAGCACGAUUAUAGAUUGGAUGAGCAACUUGGAAUUUAUUGCCAUAGAUGUGGCAUUGUGAAGGAAGAAAUAAGAUAUAUCAUGCCAGGCUUUGCAGAACGCCGAUCACGACGACACAAGGAUAGGGAAUGCAAUUAUGAAGAACCAAAGCCAAAGGCAGAUAAUGAUAAUGAUAUCCCUUUGCUUCCUAUAUCUGCUGCUUUUGGUGAGCCUAUAUCCAUUGAAAAUGACAGCGUUUGGGGAUACAUUCCUGAACUUGGAGAAAAAAUGCUCCUCCACCAAAAGAAAGCUUUUGAGUUUCUUUGGCAAAACAUUGUGGGGUCCAUAAACCCAACACUUAUGGAAGCACAACAUGAAAACAGAGGAGGUUGUGUGAUAUCUCAUGCUCCUGGAGCUGGAAAAACAUUCCUAACAAUUGCGUUUCUUGUUAGCUAUUUGAAGUUAUUCCCAAACAAAAAACCCUUAAUCCUUGCUCCAAAAACCACACUUUACACUUGGUACCAAGAGUUUAUCAAGUGGAAGAUUCCAAUGCCAGUUUACUUGAUUCACAGUCGCAGAAGCCAGAGAAAUUUUAGUGGAAAUGCAUUGUCUCUUCCUGGAAUUCCAAAUCCCAAUGAAGAUGUCAAGCAUACUUUGGAUUGCUUGGAAAAGAUUCAAAAGUGGCUUGCACACCCAAGUGUUCUAGUCAUGGGUUACACUUCAUUUUUAUCAUUAAUGCAUGAAAAUUCAAAGUAUGAACACAAAAAGUUCAUGGCUAAAGCAUUGAGGGAAAGUCCUGGGAUUCUUGUGUUGGAUGAAGGGCACAAUCCAAGAAGCACCAAAUCAAGUUUGAGGAAAUGGUUGAUGAAAGUGAAGACAGAACUGAGAGUACUCCUCUCUGGCACAUUGUUUCAGAACAAUUUUUGCGAGUAUUUUAAUACACUUUGCUUAGCAAGACCAAGGUUUGUUCAUGAAGUGCUGCAAGAGUUAGAUCCAAAAUAUGUGAAGAGCGAAGCUGAAAACAAAGCUCCCCAUUUAGUCGAGUCACGGGCAAGGAAAUUCUUCAUUGAUAAAAUUGGGGUGAAAAUAGACGCUGGUAAUGACAAUGUUGAGGAGAAGAUGCAGGGUCUGAACUUGUUGAAGAAAAUCACAAGUGGUUUCAUAGAUGUUUAUGAUAGUGUGAAUGCAGAUAGUUUACUACCUGGUUUACAAAUUUACACCUUGUUGAUGAAUAACACUGAGAAGCAGAGUGAGAUCUUGCAGAAACUGCAGAAGAAAAUGAACCGGAGUGGCGGGUACCCUCUUGAGGUAGAGUUUUUGAUAACCCUUGUGUCAAUACAUCCAUGGCUUAUCUCAACAACAAAAUGUGCCAAAAAGUUUUUCUCUUCAAGCCAAUUGAAGCAACUAGAAAAAUGCAAGUUUGAUUUGAAAAUAGGGUCAAAGGUGAAAUUUGUUUUGAGCCUUGUCUUCCGUGUGGUCAAGAUGAAGGAGAAGGUUCUUAUCUUUUGUCGCAACCUUGCACCAAUGUGGCUGCUUCUGGAGUUGUUUGAGAGGUUCUUCCAUUGGAAAGCAGGAACAGAAAUCUUGACACUACAUGGGGAACAAGAGUUGUUUGAGCGCGGAAAAGUGAUAGAUAAGUUUGAGGAUCGUUGUGGAGCUUCAAAGGUUCUCCUUGCUUCAAUCAGCGCUUGUGCGGAAGGGGUUAGUUUGACAGCAGCUUCUCGAGUGAUUUUCUUGGACUCUGAGUGGAAUCCGUCUAAAACAAAGCAGGCUAUUGCACGGGCCUUCCGUCCUGGCCAAGACAAGGUCGUUUAUGUUUAUCAACUAUUAGCAGCUGGAUCAUUUGAGGAGGAUAAAUAUAGGAAAACCAACUGGAAAGACUGGGUUUCUAGGAUGAUUUUCAGUGAGGACUUUGUGGAGGACCCUUCCAAAUGGCAGGCAAAGAAAAUUGAAGAUGAUGUGCUAAGAGAAAUGGCUAAGCUGGAUAAGACUAAAUCAAUCCACCAAAUUGUGAAGAAUGAGAAGGCUUCAACAAACCUAUGA